AUGUUUGUUUCACCACCACCAGCAACUUCAAAAAACCAAGUGUUACAACGACGUCCAAUAGAAUCGACUAACAAUAGUCAUGGGUUUGCAAGCUCACUACAAGCCAUCCCGGAAAACACAGUAAGUGGCAGUGAUAAUGCUUCCUUUCAAAGCUUGCCACUGUCGAUGAGUAGCUCCCAAUCCAUGACUUCGUCAAGAAGGGAAAACUUUGUAAAUGCCCCUCCAGAAUAUACUGAUAGAGCUAGAGAUGAAAUUAAGAAAAGGUUAUUAGCCUCUUCACCUAGCAGAAGGUCACACCACUCGAGUAGUAUGCAUUCAGUAAGCAGAAGGUCAAGCGUGGCUGAAAGCGGGAGCUUACUUUCGGAUAAUGCCUCAUCUUACCAAUCAAGUAUAUUUUCUGCUCCUUCUACUGUGCACACCCAACUAACUAAUGAUUCCUCGCUCUCCGAAUUUCCUAACCACAAAUUAAUAACGAGGGUGAGUUUAGAUGAAGCCCUACCCAAAACGUUUUAUGACAUGUACUCGCCGGAUAUCCUAUUAGCAGAUCCAUCCAAUAUCCUCUGUAACGGGCGUCCCAAGUUUACCAAGAGGGAGUUAUUGGAUUGGGAUUUAAACGAUAUAAGAUCGUUAUUAAUAGUUGAGAAGUUAAGGCCCGAAUGGGGUAAUCAAUUACCAGAGGUAGUAACAGUGGGUGACAAUAUGCCCCAGUUUAGGUUACAAUUAUUACCACUAUAUUCUAGUGAUGAGACCAUAAUCGCAACUUUGGUCCAUUCGGAUCUGUACAUGGAAGCUAACUUGGAUUAUGAGUUCAAACUGACUAGCGCCAAAUAUACAGUAGCCACUGCCAGGAAAAGGCACGAACACAUAACUGGCAGAAAUGAAGUCGUGAUGAACUUGUCCAAACCGGAAUGGAGGAAUAUCAUCGAAAAUUACCUUUUAAAUAUAGCAGUAGAGGCACAAUGUAGAUUCGAUUUCAAGCAAAGAUGCUCAGAAUAUAAGAAAUGGAAGCUACAACAGUCCAACUUAAAAAGACCAGACAUGCCACCACCGAGCAUAAUACCGCGGAAGAACAGUACAGAAACAAAAUCGCUUUUGAAAAAGGCCUUAUUGAAGAACAUCCAGUUGAAAAAUCCCAAUAAUAACCUCGAUGAAUUGAUGAUGAGAUCAAGCGCCGCACCAAAUCAACAGGGGAAAAACAAAGUCAGCUUAUCUAAAGAAGAAAAGGCUACGAUAUGGUCGCAAUGUCAGGCACAAGUUUACCAAAGAUUAGGGUUAGAUUGGCAGCCGGAUUCAGUAUCCUGA